AUGUUGAAUUUUGCGAACUUGCAGGAUCAAGAGAAGCGGGAUGAAGUCUCCGUGGUGGGCAGAACAGGAACCGUUUUGAUCCAUCCCACGCGUUCCAGGGAUAAACUUGGCCAAACCGGAAAUCAUGUUGAGUCUUCUUCGCGCUAUACAAAACCGCUCUGGCCCCGUCAAGCGCGAUGUCUGAACGCUUUCUUCCUACCCACCAUGAGGGGGACGACCCUUUUCUUCGCGUUUGCCUGUCUUCUCGGGCAAACGAACGCCAUUUACAAUCCUCUGCGGGAGUACGCGGGAUCCACGUUCUUUGAUAGGUGGUCGUACUAUGGAGAUGUGGAUAAUACAACCUGGGGCAAUGUCACGUAUCUUGAUCAACCAAGCGCGCACCAGAAGAGCCUGACCUACGUGAACGACGCAGGCAACGCUGUCGUCAGAGUUGAUAACACCACGACUAUCCUGCCCGCAACCCUCGUCCAUCGCGAAUCAAUCCGGCUUACCUCCCUGGACAGCUACGGCGUCGGGUCCUUGAUUAUUAUAGACGCGCUUCACAUACCUUAUGGCUGUUCAGUAUGGCCGGCUUUCUGGACAUAUGGCCUGCAGGAGGAGUGGCCACUCGCCGGAGAGAUCGAUAUUAUUGAAGCCAUCAACGGAAUGAACAACAACCAGAUAGCUCUGCAUACCAAGCAAGGGUGCUUCCAGGCGCAAAAUGUGGAACAGACAGGAAGAACAAUCGAGCGCGACUGUUCGACCCCCCGUGGGUGCAUCGUAGCGGAGACCAAGGCGAACAGCUUCGGUCCGGGGUUCGCACAAGCAGGUGGAGGCGUCUACGUGACGCAGAUUGCAGAUAGUGGGAUUUUCUUUUGGUUUUGGAGCAGAAAUGAUAUUCCGGAAAACAUCAGGUCUGCCACCUCUGCAUCCCAAAUCGACACUACAUCCUGGGGCAUUCCUACAGCAGCCUACCCCGCCGUUUCGUGCAACAUGACCGAAUUCUUCCCUCCUCAGACCCUCGUUCUGCUUACGACGCUCUGCGGUGUAUGGGCUGGUGUACCAGACAUUUACGCCUCCACAUGUCAAACGCCUACUCGUUCCUGCGUGAAUGACAAUGUUAUCGGCCCAGGCGACAAGUUCACCACCGCGUACUGGGAAAUCCGCUAUAUCCGCACAUACCUUUCCGACGAUGCGCCGCCGGUGUCCAACUCUUCCUCCUCGAGCGCAUCAACCCCCCAGAGCUCAACUUCGCUGUUGACAACAGGUGACACGCCAACGACCUCGGUUCCAGCGUCAGCGCAGACAACGUCGGGAGUGAAUUCAAGCUUAUGGAUGCCAUCGCUCUUCCUUUCAACCUGUCUUGCAGGAGUAGUUUUCUUCACGACGCUCUGA